GAAACCCUCCUACGCAAAUCCCAAUCUCUUCACGCAUCCUCUCCGUAACGGAGAUCCAGUUCAUCUCCGAUCAAAGUUUCUGCAGAAGCGCCGAUCAUAUUUAUUUAGUUUCUGUCACGAGAAGUUAAUCGUAACAAUGGCUCGCUCGUUCUCGAACGCUAAGCGCCUCUCGUCUUUCUUCGGCGACCAGCUUUCCGUUGUUAUUUCCAAGCGUGGACUUGCUGCUGCCCCACAGAGCGGUGCAUUGGGCGGCGGGGCUGCAAUGAUGAAGAAAGGAGAUGAAAAAUCGUCAAAAUCGGCUUCUAGAGUUUCGGAUCCCGCUGUAACCGGGAACCUCAGGCCAGAAUUCCGAUCGAACCAGAUCCCUUCGAUGUUCUCCUUUUACAAUAGAUUCGCUACGGUUGCGGCUCCAUAUGUUGCGAGUCCGUCAGCUAGUCACGCUCGCCCGUUAUCUCCCCAUCUUUCUAUCUAUAAGCCGCAGUCUUCUUCGAUGUUUUCCAUUUCCAAUAGAAUCGCUGCGUGCUUUCUAUCCGCUGUGUCAUUGUUGUUCUAUCUUAUCUGUAUGAAAACUGGUUUGAUUUGUUUCACCUACAAUAGUUUCUAUCAAAUCUUCUUUGGAUUGGCUGGGUUCACCGAGUUGAUUUGCUAUUCCUCAAUUCCUCUCAUCCUUCUCCACAUCCUCCAUGCAGUGAAGCACUAA